AUGACUAGCAGUUAUCUGAACUCUGGUCCGGACAGUCGUUUAGAAACUAUAGCAGCAUAUAAUGAACCAUAUCAUCGUCGAACAGCUGAUACAAAUUAUUCAACAAAUGCAUAUUCACAACAACCUUUAGAUUAUUCACAUUCUGAACAGUCUCACCAGGCGCGUACAUCUGAUUCAACAUCAUCUUCAUCAUCACCAUAUUUAAGAAGUCAUUAUUUUUCACCAGGUUAUUCACCUUCUGCACAGACUUCACGGUCGCAUGCAACUAAUGUUGAAGUAAUAGAUGAUAAUAAUGCCAAAAGACUGAAAUCCACCGUCACUGCCAUUAAAAAGGAUCGAACUUCUUCGUAUUCUGAACAGUCAGCAACGGCGAGUGCUAGUAAUGUGAAGGAGGUGAAUAAAGCACCACCAUCACGAUCAACAUCAAAUGAUAAAAAUCAAUUGAAAAGUAAAGGAUCACCUUCAAAAGUAGUGAAACCGAAAUCACAAUUGAUUCCAAAAAUUAUGUUUAUAUCAGAUAGUCUGGGCGCAGGAAUCAGCAAAGUUAUACCAGACCAAGAUUCUCAUCCUCAUCGAUUUUCAUCCGGAUGUUCUUAG